CUUUCCUUGGUUCGUCAUUUGGUGUUGGAGGUCACGUCUCUCAAAUUCUAAACUCUCAAGACGUGCCUUUCAUUGCUAAUUUUGAUGAAGCUUCGGAGAAAUGGAAAAGCUUAAAUGUUGAAGAGCCAUCUUUGAAGACUUCGCAAAAAGCUUGGGACAUGAUCAAUACAAAACGAAUUAUCAAGAAAGAACUGGUUUUUACAUCGAAGCUUGAUCUAGCUCGUUUUAAAGCACUACAGUGUAAAGAAUCAAAUGCUUGGCUUCAUGCAAUUCCUUCUUCAAACAUUGGAACUUUUAUGGACAGUAAUUCGAUAAGAAUUUGUAUUGGUUUACGACUAGGUUGUGAUAUAUGUUUGGUACACACGUGUCUGUGCGGAUCUGUAGUAUCCGCAAGAGGUCUGCAUGGAUUGAGUUGCCUAAAAAGUGCAGGCAGAUAUCUACGUCAUAUAGAAUUGAAUGAAAUCAUAAGUCGAGCACUUAUGUCCCUUCAUAUUCCAAACCACCUGGAACCAAAAGGAUUAUCAAGAAAUGACGGAAAGAAACCUGAUGGAGUAACUUUGACGCCAUGGUCUAAAGGAAAACCUUUGGUCUGGGACGCGACUUGCGUAGACACGUUCGCUGAUUCAUACUUGUCGAAAACAUCUAAAAAAGCUGCAUUUGCAGUAGAAACUAUGGGUCCUUGGAGUACAGAAUCAAAAAAUUUCAUCAACACUAUUGGUUCGAAGUUGCAGGAAUUAACUGGUGACAAGAAAUCAAAAUUUUAUCUAACACAAAGAAUCUCGUUGGCUAUUCAACGCUUCAAUGCUAGUUGCGUAAUGGGAACAAUUCCUGCGGCGAAACCUUUGGAAGAAAUUUUUUAUUUAUAAUGUAAUCUGAAAAGAUCCAAGUUUUUACAGGUUGGGAUGAAGGCUUAGCCUGACCACCUUUUCUUGGUAUAUGCAAAUUUCUUAAAUAAAUAUUUCAACACUU